AAGUUGGAUCUAGGAAUGAUAUAGAUGAGCAAGAAAAUGAAAAAAUGAUCAAGGAGAGUGUUGGAAAAGAAAUAAUAUUAGAGGAGGAGCAUCCCGACGUGGAGAAAGGGAUUGCUGAUUUUGUGACGCCUGAAAAGCAUGAUGUAGAUACAAAUGAAUUCACGCAAGGGGACGUUGUAGAAAUCCAUGAGGCGGGAUCCGAUCCAUUGAAAGGACGAGGGUAUCGUCGAAAGAGAAAAGCGCGCUUACUGUGUUCUUCGUACACUGACCCGACGAAGAGGAGAAAGUUGUCGGACAUCAAUGUAUACGAUCCUUAUCGAGAAGUAGAUCUCAACAAGGUUGAGGCUUUUUGCAAAUGGAUGAAAACUACAUCUUCGUGCCAAAUUAUACCUUUACGCUUCUAUGAUGUUCAAGCAAAAAGUUUGAUGGAUCUUUCGAAAGAGGAUAGUUGGAUUAAUGACAGUAUUAUGAACAAGGCCCUAUAUCAUAUACGAGAAAGGGCUUCCAGAUUUUCCAAUCUGUUUCGGCAAGACUGUUGCAUAUUGGACACUUAUUUCUAUCAAUUUGUUGUCAAUGCAUAUGGCCAAUUACAGUCCAUUAAAGAGCUCAAAUGUAAUAAGAGUCUAAUGAAUUAUGUGAGAGGGGCUACUUCGGAGCUUGGUAAACCUUGGAAGGACUGUAAAUAUUUGUAUCUUCCUAGUUGGACCCACGACCAUUGGUUUGCAGUUCAAGUCGACAUAGAGGAAUGGGCCAUUUUAAUGUUUGAUAGUCUGAAGGGUCACAUUCGUCGGGCAGUGUUGGAAGCUUACUUUUUGUCUCUACAGGUGCUUAUUCCGUUGAUAAUAAAAUCUCAUGUCACCAGUGAAAGCAAAUAUAGUACGGAAAACUUCAAAUUUGUGAACGUAAAAGAUGUUCCCCAACAAGUGAACGGAUUCGAUUAUGGAAUAUUCGCUAUCAAAUUCAUAGAAUUUCUGCACGCAAAUAUGGACUUAAAUACAAUUCGACCGGAUUACGUACCAGUAUGGAGAAAGAAACUGGCUGCAGAGUUGUUGGCUUGAGAUUUUGAGCCGUAGAUUGUGCUUUGCUCAUAAUUUUUUUAUAUUUUAUAACAUUAUGUAAUCACUUAGUUGUUUUGGUUUUGGAGUAGCACCUAUUUUGGAGUUUGAAUAUAAUUUCAAUAUACAUGCUUUC